AUGGUGGUGGGAUCGGGCGCGUCGGCAGGGCGGGAAGAAGGCGACAGUCUCACCGCGGCGACGACUGCGUUGACUUUCCACGACUUUCUGGAACGGAUGAAGCAGCCCGCCGCGGCAGAUCUCGUCAGACCCAUUCGCAAUUUCAUGAUGGCGUUUAUGAGCAAGGAGCCCGAGCCGGAGCGAGACAGUGCGAGCGUGCAGGCGUUCUACCGCAGCAUCGAGGCCGCCUUCCGCGCGCACCCGCUCUGGCAGGCCGCCUCGCCCGACGAACUCGAGUGCUCGGGGGAGGCCCUAGAGAAGUAUCUAAUGACGAAGCUGUUCCCCCGUGCGUUCGCCCCCGAGGAGGAGGAGGUGGAGAGGGACCGGCGCCUGACCACGCGCAUAGCGGCGCUGCAGACGUUCCUGCAGCCGCGCCACCUCGACGUGCCCGACUCGCUGCUCAACGAUGCCUCGCUGCUGCUAGCGGAGAAGGACCUACAGAAACUUGGUUCGUUCAAAGCGCCAAGAGACAAGCUGGUGUGUGUGCUCAACUGCUGCCGCGUCAUCAACAACAUCCUCCUCAACGCCUCCAUCACCGCCGCCGCCGCUGCUGCCGCUGCCACAGGCGCGGGCACGGGCGCAGGGGAGGCGGGCGGAAAGGCAGGUGGGAAGCCGCCAGGAGCAGAUGACUUCCUGCCCGUGCUCAUCUACGUGGUGGUGAAGGCGAACCCCCCGCAGCUGCUGAGCAGCAUUCUGUACAUUCAGCGGUACCGCCACAGCGACCGGCUCGUCUCUGAGGCCGCUUACUUCUUCACCAACCUCGCCUCUGCCGCCACCUUCCUCGAAUCCCUCUCUGCCGCCCAGCUCUCUCUCACCGACCAGGAGUUCCAGCGGUUGUUGGAGGCUGGGUACAAGGCGACUGGUGGGGGGGAAGUGGGGGGAGAAGGAGGGGAAGGGGGAGAGGGGGGAGAGGGGGGAGAAGGGGGAGGGAAGGGGAGUGGAGGAGAGGGAGGAGGAGGGGGUUCGGGAGGGGAGAUUGGAAGCGGGGGAAAGGAGGGAAGAGUAGCAGGAGGAGCAGAGGCAGCAGUAGCAGCACCUGACAGCACUGCUGCCGCUGCUGCCACUCCCACCAGCGGUGCUGCUGGUACCAGCAGCAGCAGCAGCAGCAGCAGCAAUCCGCAGAGGGAGAGGGAGACAGAGCGGGUGGUGGCGGUAUCGGAGAUAUCAAGGGACAAGGGCGUGUUGAGGGAGCUGGUGAGAGCAGACGCCAGUGGCGAGCUCGCCCGCUCCUUCCGCUUCCUCUACGCCUCGGCUGCUGACCUCUCCAUCGCUGACGUUUCAGACCUGCUCGCAGAGUACAAGGAUCUAGCACUCAGGUACAGCCCUCCUGUCGAUCCCUUCGUUCCUCCUCCUGGCCAUCUUCCAUCCCACUUGUUGUCUCACGUGGUGUCGUCCUUAACGCCUCUGAACCGGACUUCUCGAUUGCUCAUGUCUCUCCUCCCAUCUCUCCUCCUGUCACUCCCUUCACGUUGCUCCUCCCAUCUCUCCUCCUGUCACUCCCUUCACGUUGCUCCUCCCAUCUCUCCUCCUGUCACUCCCUUCACGUUGCUCCUCCCAUCUCUCCUCCUGUCACUCCCUUCACGUUGCUCCUCCCAUCUCUCCUCCUGUCACUCCCUUCACGUUGCUCCUCCCAUCUCUCCUCCUGUCACUCCCUUCACGUUGCUCCUCCAUCUCUCCUCCUGUCACUCCCUUCACGUUGCUCCUCCCAUCUCUCCUCCUGUCACUCCCUUCACGUUGCUCCUCCCAUCUCUCCUCCUGUCACUCCCUUCACGUUGCUCCUCCCAUCUCUCCUCCUGUCACUCCCUUCACGUUGCUCCUCCCAUCUCUCCUCCUGUCACUCCCUUCACGUUGCUCCUCCCAUCUCUCCUCCUGUCACUCCCUUCACGUUGCUCCUCCCAUCUCUCCUCCUGUCACUCCCUUCACGUUGCUCCUCCCAUCUCUCCUCCUGUCACUCCCUUCACGUUGCUCCUCCCAUCUCUCCUCCUGUCACUCCCUUCACGUUGCUCCUCCCAUCUCUCCUCCUGUCACUCCCUUCACGUUGCUCCUCCCAUCUCUCCUCCUGUCACUCCCUUCACGUUGCUCCUCCCAUCUCUCCUCCUGUCACUCCCUUCACGUUGCUCCUCCCAUCUCUCCUCCUGUCACUCCCUUCACGUUGCUCCUCCCAUCUCUCCUCCUGUCACUCCCUUCACGUUGCUCCUCCCAUCUCUCCUCCUGUCACUCCCUUCACGUUGCUCCUCCCAUCUCUCCUCCUGUCACUCCCUUCACGUUGCUCCUCCCAUCUCUCCUCCUGUCACUCCCUUCACGUUGCUCCUCCCAUCUCUCCUCCUGUCACUCCCUUCACGUUGCUCCUCCCAUCUCUCCUCCUGUCACUCCCUUCACGUUGCUCCUCCCAUCUCUCCUCCUGUCACUCCCUUCACGUUGCUCCUCCCAUCUCUCCUCCUGUCACUCCCUUCACGUUGCUCCUCCCAUCUCUCCUCCUGUCACUCCCUUCACGUUGCUCCUCCCAUCUCUCCUCCUGUCACUCCCUUCACGUUGCUCCUCCCAUCUCUCCUCCUGUCACUCCCUUCACGUUGCUCCUCCCAUCUCUCCUCCUGUCACUCCCUUCACGUUGCUCCUCCCAUCUCUCCUCCUGUCACUCCCUUCACGUUGCUCCUCCCAUCUCUCCUCCUGUCACUCCCUUCACGUUGCUCCUCCCAUCUCUCCUCCUGUCACUCCCUUCACGUUGCUCCUCCCAUCUCUCCUCCUGUCACUCCCUUCACGUUGCUCCUCCCAUCUCUCCUCCUGUCACUCCCUUCACGUUGCUCCUCCCAUCUCUCCUCCUGUCACUCCCUUCACGUUGCUCCUCCCAUCUCUCCUCCUGUCACUCCCUUCACGUUGCUCCUCCCAUCUCUCCUCCUGUCACUCCCUUCACGUUGCUCCUCCCAUCUCUCCUCCUGUCACUCCCUUCACGUUGCUCCUCCCAUCUCUCCUCCUGUCACUCCCUUCACGUUGCUCCUCCCAUCUCUCCUCCUGUCACUCCCUUCACGUUGCUCCUCCCAUCUCUCCUCCUGUCACUCCCUUCACGUUGCUCCUCCCAUCUCUCCUCCUGUCACUCCCUUCACGUUGCUCCUCCCAUCUCUCCUCCUGUCACUCCCUUCACGUUGCUCCUCCCAUCUCUCCUCCUGUCACUCCCUUCACGUUGCUCCUCCCAUCUCUCCUCCUGUCACUCCCUUCACGUUGCUCCUCCCAUCUCUCCUCCUGUCACUCCCUUCACGUUGCUCCUCCCAUCUCUCCUCCUGUCACUCCCUUCACGUUGCUCCUCCCAUCUCUCCUCCUGUCACUCCCUUCACGUUGCUCCUCCCAUCUCUCCUCCUGUCACUCCCUUCACGUUGCUCCUCCCAUCUCUCCUCCUGUCACUCCCUUCACGUUGCUCCUCCCAUCUCUCCUCCUGUCACUCCCUUCACGUUGCUCCUCCCAUCUCUCCUCCUGUCACUCCCUUCACGUUGCUCCUCCCAUCUCUCCUCCUGUCACUCCCUUCACGUUGCUCCUCCCAUCUCUCCUCCUGUCACUCCCUUCACGUUGCUCCUCCCAUCUCUCCUCCUGUCACUCCCUUCACGUUGCUCCUCCCAUCUCUCCUCCUGUCACUCCCUUCACGUUGCUCCUCCCAUCUCUCCUCCUGUCACUCCCUUCACGUUGCUCCUCCCAUCUCUCCUCCUGUCACUCCCUUCACGUUGCUCCUCCCGUCUCUCCUCCUGUCACUCCCUUCACGUUGCUCCUCCCCGUCUCUCCUCCUGUCACUCCCUUCACGUUGCUCCUCCCAUCUCUCCUCCUGUCACUCCCUUCACGUUGCUCCUCCCAUCUCUCCUCCUGUCACUCCCUUCACGUUGCUCCUCCCAUCUCUCCUCCUGUCACUCCCUUCACGUUGCUCCUCCCAUCUCUCCUCCUGUCACUCCCUUCACGUUGCUCCUCCCAUCUCUCCUCCUGUCACUCCCUUCACUGUUUCUCCUCCCAUCUCUCCUCCUGUCACUCCCUUCACGUUGCUCCUCCCAUCUCUCCUCCUGUCACUCCCUUCACGUUGCUCCUCCCAUCUCUCCUCCUGUCACUCCCUUCACGUUGCUCCUCCCAUCUCUCCUCUGUCACUCCCUUCACGUUGCUCCUCCCAUCUCUCCUCCUGUCACUCCCUUCACGUUGCUCCUCCCAUCUCUCCUCCUGUCACUCCCUUCACGUGCUCCUCCCAUCUCUCCUCCUGUCACUCCCUUCACGUUGCUCCUCCCAUCUCUCCUCCUGUCACUCCCUUCACGUUGCUCCUCCCAUCUCUCCUCCUGUCACUCCUCCUUCACGUUGCUCCGUCCCAUCUCUCCUCCUGUCACUCCCUUCACGUUGCUCCUCCCAUCUCUCCUCCUGUCACUCCCUUCACGUGCUCCUCCCAUCUCUCCUCCUGUCACUCCCUUCACGUUGCUCCUCCCGUCUCUCCUCCUGUCACUCCCUUCACGUUGCUCCUCCCAUCUCUCCUCCUGUCACUCCCUUCACGUUGCUCCUCCCAUCUCUCCUCCUGUCACUCCCUUCACGUCUGCUCCUCCCAUCUCUCCUCCUGUCACUCCCUUCACGUUGCUCCUCCCAUCUCUCCUCCUGUCACUCCCUUCACGUUGCUCCUCCCAUCUCUCCUCCUGUCACUCCCUUCACGUUGCUCCUCCCAUCUCUCCUCCUGUCACUCCCUUCACGUUGCUCCUCCCAUCUCUCCUCCUGUCACUCCCUUCACGUUGCUCCUCCCAUCUCUCCUCCUGUCACUCCCUUCACGUUGCUCCUCCCAUCUCUCCUCCUGUCACUCCCUUCACGUUGCUCCUCCCAUCUCUCCUCCUGUCACUCCCUUCACGUUGCUCCUCCCAUCUCUCCUCCUGUCACUCCCUUCACGUUGCUCCUCCCAUCUCUCCUCCUGUCACUCCCUUCACGUUGCUCCUCCCAUCUCUCCUCCUGUCACUCCCUUCACGUUGCUCCUCCCAUCUCUCCUCCUGUCACUCCCUUCACGUUGCUCCUCCCAUCUCUCCUCCUGUCACUCCCUUCACGUUGCUCCUCCCAUCUCUCCUCCUGUCACUCCCUUCACGUUGCUCCUCCCAUCUCUCCUCCUGUCACUCCCUUCACGUUGCUCCUCCCAUCUCUCCUCCUGUCACUCCCUUCACGUUGCUCCUCCCAUCUCUCCUCCUGUCACUCCCUUCACGUUGCUCCUCCCAUCUCUCCUCCUGUCACUCCCUUCACGUUGCUCCUCCCAUCUCUCCUCCUGUCACUCCCUUCACGUUGCUCCUCCCAUCUCUCCUCCUGUCACUCCCUUCACGUUGCUCCUCCCAUCUCUCCUCCUGUCACUCCCUUCACGUUGCUCCUCCCAUCUCUCCUCCUGUCACUCCCUUCACGUUGCUCCUCCCAUCUCUCCUCCUGUCACUCCCUUCACGUUGCUCCUCCCAUCUCUCCUCCUGUCACUCCCUUCACGUUGCUCCUCCCAUCUCUCCUCCUGUCACUCCCUUCACGUUGCUCCUCCCAUCUCUCCUCCUGUCACUCCCUUCACGUUGCUCCUCCCAUCUCUCCUUCCUGUCAACUCCCUUCACGUUGCUCCUCCCAUCUCUCCUCCUGUCACUCCCUUCACGUUGCUCCUCCCAUCUCUCCUCCUGUCACUCCCUUCACGUUGCUCCUCCCAUCUCUCCUCCUGUCACUCCCUUCACGUUGCUCCUCCCAUCUCUCCUCCUGUCACUCCCUUCACGUUGCUCCUCCCAUCUCUCCUCCUGUCACUCCCUUCACGUUGCUCCUCCCAUCUCUCCUCCUGUCACUCCCUUCACGUUGCUCCUCCCAUCUCUCCUCCUGUCACUCCCUUCACGUUGCUCCUCCCAUCUCUCCUCCUGUCACUCCCCUUCACGUUGCUCCUCCCAUCUCUCCUCCUGUCACUCCCUUCACGUUGCUCCUCCCAUCUCUCCUCCUGUCACUCCCUUCACGUUGCUCCUCCCAUCUCUCCUCCUGUCACUCCCUUCACGUUGCUCCUCCCGUCUCUCCUCUGUCACUCCCUUCACGUUGCUCCUCCCAUCUCUCCUCCUGUCACUCCCUUCACGUUGCUCCUCCCAUCUCUCCUCCUGUCACUCCCUUCACGUUGCUCCUCCCAUCUCUCCUCCUGUCACUCCCUUCACGUUGCUCCUCCCAUCUCUCCUCCUGUCACUCCCUUCACGUUGCUCCUCCCAUCUCUCCUCCUGUCACUCCCUUCACGUUGCUCCUCCCAUCUCUCCUCCUGUCACUCCCUUCACGUUGCUCCUCCCAUCUCUCCUCCUGUCACUCCCUUCACGUUGCUCCUCCCAUCUCUCCUCCUGUCACUCCCUUCACGUUGCUCCUCCCAUCUCUCCUCCUGUCACUCCCUUCACGUUGCUCCUCCCAUCUCUCCUCCUGUCACUCCCUUCACGUUUGCUCCUCCCAUCUCUCCUCCUGUCACUCCCUUCACGUUUGCUCCUCCCAUCUCUCCUCCUGUCACUCCCUUCACGUUGCUCCUCCCAUCUCUCCUCCUGUCACUCCCUUCACGUUGCUCCCUCCCAUCUCUCCUCCUGUCACUCCCUUCACGUUGCUCCUCCCAUCUCUCCUCCUGUCACUCCUUCACGUUGCUCCUCCCAUCUCUCUCCUGUCACUCCCUUCACGUUGCUCCUCCCAUCUCUCCUCCUGUCACUCCCUUCACGUUGCUCCUCCCAUCUCUCCUCCUGUCACUCCCUUCACGUUGCUCCUCCCAUCUCUCCUCCUGUCACUCCCUUCACGUUGCUCCUCCCGUCUCUCCUCCUGUCACUCCCUUCACGUUGCUCCUCCCGUCUCUCCUCCUGUCACUCCCUUCACGUUGCUCCUCCCAUCUCUCCUGUCACUCCCUUCACGUUGCUCCUCCCAUCUCUCCUCCUGUCACUCCCUUCACGUUGCUCCUCCCAUCUCUCCUCCUGUCACUCCCUUCACGUUGCUCCUCCCAUCUCUCCUCCUGUCACUCCCUUCACGUUGCUCCUCCCAUCUCUCCUCCUGUCACUCCCUUCACGUUGCUCCUCCCAUCUCUCCUCCUGUCACUCCCUUCACGUUGCUCCUCCCAUCUCUCCUCCUGUCACUCCCUUCACGUUGCUCCUCCCAUCUCUCCUCCUGUCACUCCCUUCACGUUGCUCCUCCCAUCUCUCCUCCUGUCACUCCCUUCACGUUGCUCCUCCCAUCUCUCCUCCUGUCACUCCCUUCACGUUGCUCCUCCCAUCUCUCCUCCUGUCACUCCCUUCACGUUGCUCCUCCCAUCUCUCCUCCUGUCACUCCCUUCACGUUGCUCCUCCCAUCUCUCCUCCUGUCACUCCCUUCACGUUGCUCCUCCCAUCUCUCCUCCUGUCACUCCCUUCACGUUGCUCCUCCCAUCUCUCCUCCUGUCACUCCCUUCACGUUGCUCCUCCCAUCUCUCCUCCUGUCACUCCCUUCACGUUGCUCCUCCCAUCUCUCCUCCUGUCACUCCCUUCACGUUGCUCCUCCCAUCUCUCCUCCUGUCACUCCCUUCACGUUGCUCCUCCCAUCUCUCCUCCUGUCACUCCCUUCACGUUGCUCCUCCCAUCUCUCCUCCUGUCACUCCCUUCACGUUGCUCCUCCCAUCUCUCCUCCUGUCACUCCCUUCACGUUGCUCCUCCCGUCUCUCCUCCUGUCACUCCCUUCACGUUGCUCCUCCCAUCUCUCCUCCUGUCACUCCCUUCACGUUGCUCCUCCCAUCUCUCCUCCUGUCACUCCCUUCACGUUGCUCCUCCCAUCUCUCCUCCUGUCACUCCCUUCACGUUGCUCCUCCCAUCUCUCCUCCUGUCACUCCCUUCACGUUGCUCCUCCCAUCUCUCCUCCUGUCACUCCCUUCACGUUGCUCCUCCCAUCUCUCCUCCUGUCACUCCCUUCACGUUGCUCCUCCCAUCUCUCCUCCUGUCACUCCCUUCACGUUUGCUCCUCCCAUCUCUCCUCCUGUCACUCCCUUCACGUUGCUCCUCCCAUCUCUCCUCCUGUCACUCCCUUCACGUUGCUCCUCCCAUCUCUCCUCCUGUCACUCCCUUCACGUUGCUCCUCCCAUCUCUCCUCCUGUCACUCCCUUCACGUUGCUCCUCCCAUCUCUCCUCCUGUCACUCCCUUCACGUUGCUCCUCCCAUCUCUCCUCCUGUCACUCCCUUCACGUUGCUCCUCCCAUCUCUCCUCCUGUCACCCUCAUCUCCUCCAUCUCUCUCCUGUCACUCCCUUCACGUUGCUCCUCCCAUCUCUCCUCCUGUCACUCCCUUCACGUUGCUCCUCCCAUCUCUCCUCCUGUCACUCCCUUCACGUUGCUCCUCCCAUCUCUCCUCCUGUCACUCCCUUCACGUUGCUCCUCCCAUCUCUCCUCCUGUCACUCCCUUCACGUUGCUCCUCCCAUCUCUCCUCCUGUCACUCCCUUCACGUUGCUCCUCCCAUCUCUCCUCCUGUCACUCCCUUCACGUUGCUCCUCCCAUCUCUCCUCCUGUCACUCCCUUCACGUUGCUCCUCCCAUCUCUCCUCCUGUCACUCCCUUCACGUUGCUCCUCCCAUCUCUCCUCCUGUCACUCCCUUCACGUUGCUCCUCCCAUCUCUCCUCCUGUCACUCCCUUCACGUUGCUCCUCCCAUCUCUCCUCCUGUCACUCCCUUCACGUUGCUCCUCCCAUCUCUCCUCCUGUCACUCCCUUCACGUUGCUCCUCCCAUCUCUCCUCCUGUCACUCCCUUCACGUUGCUCCUCCCAUCUCUCCUCCUGUCACUCCCUUCACGUUGCUCCUCCCAUCUCUCCUCCUGUCACUCCCUUCACGUUGCUCCUCCCAUCUCUCCUCCUGUCACUCCCUUCACGUUGCUCCUCCCAUCUCUCCUCCUGUCACUCCCUUCACGUUGCUCCUCCCAUCUCUCCUCCUGUCACUCCCUUCACGUUGCUCCUCCCAUCUCUCCUCCUGUCACUCCCUUCACGUUGCUCCUCCCAUCUCUCCUCCUGUCACUCCCUUCACGUUGCUCCUCCCAUCUCUCCUCCUGUCACUCCCUUCACGUUGCUCCUCCCAUCUCUCCUCCUGUCACUCCCUUCACGUUGCUCCUCCCAUCUCUCCUCCUGUCACUCCCUUCACGUUGCUCCUCCCAUCUCUCCUCCUGUCACUCCCUUCACGUUGCUCCUCCCAUCUCUCCUCCUGUCACUCCCUUCACGUUGCUCCUCCCAUCUCUCCUCCUGUCACUCCCUUCACGUUGCUCCUCCCAUCUCUCCUCCUGUCACUCCCUUCACGUUGCUCCUCCCAUCUCUCCUCCUGUCACUCCCUUCACGUUGCUCCUCCCAUCUCUCCUCCUGUCACUCCCUUCACGUUGCUCCUCCCAUCUCUCCUCCUGUCACUCCCUUCACGUUGCUCCUCCCAUCUCUCCUCCUGUCACUCCCUUCACGUUGCUCCUCCCAUCUCUCCUCCUGUCACUCCCUUCACGUUGCUCCUCCCAUCUCUCCUCCUGUCACUCCCUUCACGUUGCUCCUCCCAUCUCUCCUCCUGUCACUCCCUUCACGUUGCUCCUCCCAUCUCUCCUCCUGUCACUCCCUUCACGUUGCUCCUCCCAUCUCUCCUCCUGUCACUCCCUUCACGUUGCUCCUCCCAUCUCUCCUCCUGUCACUCCCUUCACGUUGCUCCUCCCAUCUCUCCUCCUGUCACUCCCUUCACGUUGCUCCUCCCAUCUCUCCUCCUGUCACUCCCUUCACGUUGCUCCUCCCAUCUCUCCUCCUGUCACUCCCUUCACGUUGCUCCUCCCAUCUCUCCUCCUGUCACUCCCUUCACGUUGCUCCUCCCAUCUCUCCUCCUGUCACUCCCUUCACGUUGCUCCUCCCAUCUCUCCUCCUGUCACUCCCUUCACGUUGCUCCUCCCAUCUCUCCUCCUGUCACUCCCUUCACGUUGCUCCUCCCAUCUCUCCUCCUGUCACUCCCUUCACGUUGCUCCUCCCAUCUCUCCUCCUGUCACUCCCUUCACGUUGCUCCUCCCAUCUCUCCUCCUGUCACUCCCUUCACGUUGCUCCUCCCAUCUCUCCUCCUGUCACUCCCUUCACGUUGCUCCUCCCAUCUCUCCUCCUGUCACUCCCUUCACGUUGCUCCUCCCAUCUCUCCUCCUGUCACUCCCUUCACGUUGCUCCUCCCAUCUCUCCUCCUGUCACUCCCUUCACGUUGCUCCUCCCAUCUCUCCUCCUGUCACUCCCUUCACGUUGCUCCUCCCAUCUCUCCUCCUGUCACUCCCUUCACGUUGCUCCUCCCAUCUCUCCUCCUGUCACUCCCUUCACGUUGCUCCUCCCAUCUCUCCUCCUGUCACUCCCUUCACGUUGCUCCUCCCAUCUCUCCUCCUGUCACUCCCUUCACGUUGCUCCUCCCAUCUCUCCUCCUGUCACUCCCUUCACGUUGCUCCUCCCAUCUCUCCUCCUGUCACUCCCUUCACGUUGCUCCUCCCAUCUCUCCUCCUGUCACUCCCUUCACGUUGCUCCUCCCAUCUCUCCUCCUGUCACUCCCUUCACGUUGCUCCUCCCAUCUCUCCUCCUGUCACUCCCUUCACGUUGCUCCUCCCAUCUCUCCUCCUGUCACUCCCUUCACGUUGCUCCUCCCAUCUCUCCUCCUGUCACUCCCUUCACGUUGCUCCUCCCAUCUCUCCUCCUGUCACUCCCUUCACGUUGCUCCUCCCAUCUCUCCUCCUGUCACUCCCUUCACGUUGCUCCUCCCAUCUCUCCUCCUGUCACUCCCUUCACGUUGCUCCUCCCAUCUCUCCUCCUGUCACUCCCUUCACGUUGCUCCUCCCAUCUCUCCUCGUCACGUUGCUCCUCCCAUCUCUCCUCCUGUCACUCCCUUCACGUUGCUCCUCCCAUCUCUCCUCCUGUCACUCCCUUCACGUUGCUCCUCCCAUCUCUCCUCCUGUCACUCCCUUCACGUUGCUCCUCCCAUCUCUCCUCCUGUCACUCCCUUCACGUUGCUCCUCCCAUCUCUCCUCCUGUCACUCCCUUCACGUUGCUCCUCCCAUCUCUCCUCCUGUCACUCCCUUCACGUUGCUCCUCCCAUCUCUCCUCCUGUCACUCCCUUCACGUUGCUCCUCCCAUCUCUCCUCCUGUCACUCCCUUCACGUUGCUCCUCCCAUCUCUCCUCCUGUCACUCCCUUCACGUUGCUCCUCCCAUCUCUCCUCCUGUCACUCCCUUCACGUUGCUCCUCCCAUCUCUCCUCCUGUCACUCCCUUCACGUUGCUCCUCCCAUCUCUCCUCCUGUCACUCCCUUCACGUUGCUCCUCCCAUCUCUCCUCCUGUCACUCCCUUCACGUUGCUCCUCCCAUCUCUCCUCCUGUCACUCCCUUCACGUUGCUCCUCCCAUCUCUCCUCCUGUCACUCCCUUCACGUUGCUCCUCCCAUCUCUCCUCCUGUCACUCCCUUCACGUUGCUCCUCCCAUCUCUCCUCCUGUCACUCCCUUCACGUUGCUCCUCCCAUCUCUCCUCCUGUCACUCCCUUCACGUUGCUCCUCCCAUCUCUCCUCCUGUCACUCCCUUCACGUUGCUCCUCCCAUCUCUCCUCCUGUCACUCCCUUCACGUUGCUCCUCCCAUCUCUCCUCCUGUCACUCCCUUCACGUUGCUCCUCCCAUCUCUCCUCCUGUCACUCCCUUCACGUUGCUCCUCCCAUCUCUCCUCCUGUCACUCCCUUCACGUUGCUCCUCCCAUCUCUCCUCCUGUCACUCCCUUCACGUUGCUCCUCCCAUCUCUCCUCCUGUCACUCCCUUCACGUUGCUCCUCCCAUCUCUCCUCCUGUCACUCCCUUCACGUUGCUCCUCCCAUCUCUCCUCCUGUCACUCCCUUCACGUUGCUCCUCCCAUCUCUCCUCCUGUCACUCCCUUCACGUUGCUCCUCCCAUCUCUCCUCCUGUCACUCCCUUCACGUUGCUCCUCCCAUCUCUCCUCCUGUCACUCCCUUCACGUUGCUCCUCCCAUCUCUCCUCCUGUCACUCCCUUCACGUUGCUCCUCCCAUCUCUCCUCCUGUCACUCCCUUCACGUUGCUCCUCCCAUCUCUCCUCCUGUCACUCCCUUCACGUUGCUCCUCCCAUCUCUCCUCCUGUCACUCCCUUCACGUUGCUCCUCCCAUCUCUCCUCCUGUCACUCCCUUCACGUUGCUCCUCCCAUCUCUCCUCCUGUCACUCCCUUCACGUUGCUCCUCCCAUCUCUCCUCCUGUCACUCCCUUCACGUUGCUCCUCCCAUCUCUCCUCCUGUCACUCCCUUCACGUUGCUCCUCCCAUCUCUCCUCCUGUCACUCCCUUCACGUUGCUCCUCCCAUCUCUCCUCCUGUCACUCCCUUCACGUUGCUCCUCCCAUCUCUCCUCCUGUCACUCCCUUCACGUUGCUCCUCCCAUCUCUCCUCCUGUCACUCCCUUCACGUUGCUCCUCCCAUCUCUCCUCCUGUCACUCCCUUCACGUUGCUCCUCCCAUCUCUCCUCCUGUCACUCCCUUCACGUUGCUCCUCCCAUCUCUCCUCCUGUCACUCCCUUCACGUUGCUCCUCCCAUCUCUCCUCCUGUCACUCCCUUCACGUUGCUCCUCCCAUCUCUCCUCCUGUCACUCCCUUCACGUUGCUCCUCCCAUCUCUCCUCCUGUCACUCCCUUCACGUUGCUCCUCCCAUCUCUCCUCCUGUCACUCCCUUCACGUUGCUCCUCCCAUCUCUCCUCCUGUCACUCCCUUCACGUUGCUCCUCCCAUCUCUCCUCCUGUCACUCCCUUCACGUUGCUCCUCCCAUCUCUCCUCCUGUCACUCCCUUCACGUUGCUCCUCCCAUCUCUCCUCCUGUCACUCCCUUCACGUUGCUCCUCCCAUCUCUCCUCCUGUCACUCCCUUCACGUUGCUCCUCCCAUCUCUCCUCCUGUCACUCCCUUCACGUUGCUCCUCCCAUCUCUCCUCCUGUCACUCCCUUCACGUUGCUCCUCCCAUCUCUCCUCCUGUCACUCCCUUCACGUUGCUCCUCCCAUCUCUCCUCCUGUCACUCCCUUCACGUUGCUCCUCCCAUCUCUCCUCCUGUCACUCCCUUCACGUUGCUCCUCCCAUCUCUCCUCCUGUCACUCCCUUCACGUUGCUCCUCCCAUCUCUCCUCCUGUCACUCCCUUCACGUUGCUCCUCCCAUCUCUCCUCCUGUCACUCCCUUCACGUUGCUCCUCCCAUCUCUCCUCCUGUCACUCCCUUCACGUUGCUCCUCCCAUCUCUCCUCCUGUCACUCCCUUCACGUUGCUCCUCCCAUCUCUCCUCCUGUCACUCCCUUCACGUUGCUCCUCCCAUCUCUCCUCCUGUCACUCCCUUCACGUUGCUCCUCCCAUCUCUCCUCCUGUCACUCCCUUCACGUUGCUCCUCCCAUCUCUCCUCCUGUCACUCCCUUCACGUUGCUCCUCCCAUCUCUCCUCCUGUCACUCCCUUCACGUUGCUCCUCCCAUCUCUCCUCCUGUCACUCCCUUCACGUUGCUCCUCCCAUCUCUCCUCCUGUCACUCCCUUCACGUUGCUCCUCCCAUCUCUCCUCCUGUCACUCCCUUCACGUUGCUCCUCCCAUCUCUCCUCCUGUCACUCCCUUCACGUUGCUCCUCCCAUCUCUCCUCCUGUCACUCCCUUCACGUUGCUCCUCCCAUCUCUCCUCCUGUCACUCCCUUCACGUUGCUCCUCCCAUCUCUCCUCCUGUCACUCCCUUCACGUUGCUCCUCCCAUCUCUCCUCCUGUCACUCCCUUCACGUUGCUCCUCCCAUCUCUCCUCCUGUCACUCCUUCACGUUGCUCCUCCCAUCUCUCCUCCUGUCACUCCCUUCACGUUGCUCCUCCCAUCUCUCCUCCUGUCACUCCCUUCACGUUGCUCCUCCCAUCUCUCCUCCUGUCACUCCCUUCACGUUGCUCCUCCCAUCUCUCCUCCUGUCACUCCCUUCACGUUGCUCCUCCCAUCUCUCCUCCUGUCACUCCCUUCACGUUGCUCCUCCCAUCUCUCCUCCUGUCACUCCCUUCACGUUGCUCCUCCCAUCUCUCCUCCUGUCACUCCCUUCACGUUGCUCCUCCCAUCUCUCCUCCUGUCACUCCCUUCACGUUGCUCCUCCCAUCUCUCCUCCUGUCACUCCCUUCACGUUGCUCCUCCCAUCUCUCCUCCUGUCACUCCCUUCACGUUGCUCCUCCCAUCUCUCCUCCUGUCACUCCCUUCACGUUGCUCCUCCCAUCUCUCCUCCUGUCACUCCCUUCACGUUGCUCCUCCCAUCUCUCCUCCUGUCACUCCCUUCACGUUGCUCCUCCCAUCUCUCCUCCUGUCACUCCCUUCACGUUGCUCCUCCCAUCUCUCCUCCUGUCACUCCCUUCACGUUGCUCCUCCCAUCUCUCCUCCUGUCACUCCCUUCACGUUGCUCCUCCCAUCUCUCCUCCUGUCACUCCCUUCACGUUGCUCCUCCCAUCUCUCCUCCUGUCACUCCCUUCACGUUGCUCCUCCCAUCUCUCCUCCUGUCACUCCCUUCACGUUGCUCCUCCCAUCUCUCCUCCUGUCACUCCCUUCACGUUGCUCCUCCCAUCUCUCCUCCUGUCACUCCCUUCACGUUGCUCCUCCCAUCUCUCCUCCUGUCACUCCCUUCACGUUGCUCCUCCCAUCUCUCCUCCUGUCACUCCCUUCACGUUGCUCCUCCCAUCUCUCCUCCUGUCACUCCCUUCACGUUGCUCCUCCCAUCUCUCCUCCUGUCACUCCCUUCACGUUGCUCCUCCCAUCUCUCCUCCUGUCACUCCCUUCACGUUGGCUCCUCCCAUCUCUCCUCCUGUCACUCCCUUCACGUUGCUCCUCCCAUCUCUCCUCCUGUCACUCCCUUCACGUUGCUCCUCCCAUCUCUCCUCCUGUCACUCCCUUCACGUUGCUCCUCCCAUCUCUCCCUCCGUGUCACUCCCUUCACGUUGCUCCUCCCAUCUCUCCUCCUGUCACUCCCUUCACGUUGCUCCUCCCAUCUCUCCUCCUGUCACUCCCUUCACGUUGCUCCUCCCAUCUCUCCUCCUGUCACUCCCUUCACGUUGCUCCUCCCAUCUCUCCUCCUGUCACUCCCUUCACGUUGCUCCUCCCAUCUCUCCUCCUGUCACUCCCUUCACGUUGCUCCUCCCAUCUCUCCUCCUGUCACUCCCUUCACGUUGCUCCUCCCAUCUCUCCUCCUGUCACUCCCUUCACGUUGCUCCUCCCAUCUCUCCUCCUGUCACUCCCUUCACGUUGCUCCUCCCAUCUCUCCUCCUGUCACUCCCUUCACGUUGCUCUCCCAUCUCUCCUCCUGUCACUCCCUUCACGUUGCUCCUCCAUCUCUCCUCCUGUCACUCCCUUCACGUUGCUCCUCCCAUCUCUCCUCCUGUCACUCCCUUCACGUUGCUCCUCCCAUCUCCUCCUCCUGUCACUCCCUUCACGUUGCUCCUCCCAUCUCUCCUCCUGUCACUCCCUUCACGUUGCUCCUCCCAUCUCUCCUCCUGUCACUCCCUUCACGUUGCUCCUCCCAUCUCUCCUCCUGUCACUCCCUUCACGUUGCUCCUCCCAUCUCUCCUCCUGUCACUCCCUUCACGUUGCUCCUCCCAUCUCUCCUCCUGUCACUCCCUUCACGUUGCUCCUCCCAUCUCUCCUCCUGUCACUCCCUUCACGUUGCUCCUCCCAUCUCUCCUCCUGUCACUCCCUUCACGUUGCUCCUCCCAUCUCUCCUCCUGUCACUCCCUUCACGUUGCUCCUCCCAUCUCUCCUCCUGUCACUCCCUUCACGUUGCUCCUCCCAUCUCUCCUCCUGUCACUCCCUUCACGUUGCUCCUCCCAUCUCUCCUCCUGUCACUCCCUUCACGUUGCUCCUCCCAUCUCUCCUCCUGUCACUCCCUUCACGUUGCUCCUCCCAUCUCUCCUCCUGUCACUCCCUUCACGUUGCUCCUCCCAUCUCUCCUCCUGUCACUCCCUUCACGUUGCUCCUCCCAUCUCUCCUCCUGUCACUCCCUUCACGUUGCUCCUCCAUCUCUCCUCCUGUCACUCCCUUCACGUUGCUCCUCCCAUCUCUCCUCCUGUCACUCCCUUCACGUUGCUCCUCCCAUCUCUCCUCCUGUCACUCCCUUCACGUUGCUCCUCCCAUCUCUCCUCCUGUCACUCCCUUCACGUUGCUCCUCCCAUCUCUCCUCCUGUCACUCCCUUCACGUUGCUCCUCCCAUCUCUCCUCCUGUCACUCCCUUCACGUUGCUCCUCCCAUCUCUCCUCCUGUCACUCCCUUCACUCUCUCCUCCUGUCACUCCCUUCACGUUGCUCCUCCAUCCUCUCCUGUCACUCCCUUCACGUUGCUCCUCCCAUCUCUCCUCCUGUCACUCCUUCACGUUGCUCCUCCCUCUCUCCUCCUGUCACUCCCUUCACGUUGCUCCUCCCAUCUCUCCUCCUGUCACUCCCUUCACGUUGCUCCUCCCAUCUCUCCUCCUGUCACUCCCUUCACGUUGCUCCUCCCAUCUCUCCUCCUGUCACUCCCUUCACGUUGCUCCUCCCAUCUCUCCUCCCUUCACGUUGCUCCUCCCAUCUCUCCUCCUGUCACUCCCUUCACGUUGCUCCUCCCAUCUCUCCUCCUGUCACUCCCUUCACGUUGCUCCUCCCACUCUCCUCCUGUCACUCCCUUCACGUUCCUCCCAUCUCUCCUCCUGUCACUCCCUCCUUGCUCCUCCCAUCUCUCCCUUCACUUGCUCACCCAUCUCCUCCUCCUGUCACUCCCUUCACGUUGCUCCUCCCAUCUCUCCUCCUGUCACUCCCUUCACGUUGCUCCUCCCAUCUCUCCUCCUGUCACUCCCUUCACGUUGCUCCUCCCAUCUCUCCUCCUGUCACUCCCUUCACGUUGCUCCUCCCAUCUCUCCUCCUGUCACUCCCUUCACGUUGCUCCUCCCAUCUCUCCUCCUGUCACUCCCUUCACGUUGCUCCUCCCAUCUCUCCUGUCACUCCCUUCACGUUGCUCCUCCCAUCUCUCCUCCUGUCACUCCCUUCACGUUGCUCCUCCCAUCUCUCCUCCUGUCACUCCCUUCACGUUGCUCCUCCCAUCUCUCCUCCUGUCACUCCCUUCACGUUGCUCCUCCCAUCUCUCCUCCUGUCACUCCCUUCACGUUGCUCCUCCCAUCUCUCCUCCUGUCACUCCCUUCACGUUGCUCCUCCCAUCUCUCCUCCUGUCACUCCCUUCACGUUGCUCCUCCCAUCUCUCCUCCUGUCACUCCCUUCACGUUGCUCCUCCCAUCUCUCCUCCUGUCACUCCCUUCACGUUGCUCCUCCCAUCUCUCCUCCUGUCACUCCCUUCACGUUGCUCCUCCCAUCUCUCCUCCUGUCACUCCCUUCACGUUGCUCCUCCCAUCUCUCCUCCUGUCACUCCCUUCACGUUGCUCCUCCCAUCUCUCCUCCUGUCACUCCCUUCACGUUGCUCCUCCCAUCUCUCCUCCUGUCACUCCCUUCACGUUGCUCCUCCCAUCUCUCCUCCUGUCACUCCCUUCACGUUGCUCCUCCCAUCUCUCCUCCUGUCACUCCCUUCACGUUGCUCCUCCCAUCUCUCCUCCUGUCACUCCCUUCACGUUGCUCCUCCCAUCUCUCCUCCUGUCACUCCCUUCACGUUGCUCCUCCCAUCUCUCCUCCUGUCACUCCCUUCACGUUGCUCCUCCCAUCUCUCCUCCUGUCACUCCCUUCACGUUGCUCCUCCCAUCUCUCCUCCUGUCACUCCCUUCACGUUGCUCCUCCCAUCUCUCCUCCUGUCACUCCCUUCACGUUGCUCCUCCCAUCUCUCCUCCUGUCACUCCCUUCACGUUGCUCCUCCCAUCUCUCCUCCUGUCACUCCCUUCACGUUGCUCCUCCCAUCUCUCCUCCUGUCACUCCCUUCACGUUGCUCCUCCCAUCUCUCCUCCUGUCACUCCCUUCACGUUGCUCCUCCCAUCUCUCCUCCUGUCACUCCCUUCACGUUGCUCCUCCCAUCUCUCCUCCUGUCACUCCCUUCACGUUGCUCCUCCCAUCUCUCCUCCUGUCACUCCCUUCACGUUGCUCCUCCCAUCUCUCCUCCUGUCACUCCCUUCACGUUGCUCCUCCCAUCUCUCCUCCUGUCACUCCCUUCACGUUGCUCCUCCCAUCUCUCCUCCUGUCACUCCCUUCACGUUGCUCCUCCCAUCUCUCCUCCUGUCACUCCCUUCACGUUGCUCCUCCCAUCUCUCCUCCUGUCACUCCCUUCACGUUGCUCCUCCCAUCUCUCCUCCUGUCACUCCCUUCACGUUGCUCCUCCCAUCUCUCCUCCUGUCACUCCCUUCACGUUGCUCCUCCCAUCUCUCCUCCUGUCACUCCCUUCACGUUGCUCCUCCCAUCUCUCCUCCUGUCACUCCCUUCACGUUGCUCCUCCCAUCUCUCCUCCUGUCACUCCCUUCACGUUGCUCCUCCCAUCUCUCCUCCUGUCACUCCCUUCACGUUGCUCCUCCCAUCUCUCCUCCUGUCACUCCCUUCACGUUGCUCCUCCCAUCUCUCCUCCUGUCACUCCCUUCACGUUGCUCCUCCCAUCUCUCCUCCUGUCACUCCCUUCACGUUGCUCCUCCCAUCUCUCCUCCUGUCACUCCCUUCACGUUGCUCCUCCCAUCUCUCCUCCUGUCACUCCCUUCACGUUGCUCCUCCCAUCUCUCCUCCUGUCACUCCCUUCACGUUGCUCCUCCCAUCUCUCCUCCUGUCACUCCCUUCACGUUGCUCCUCCCAUCUCUCCUCCUGUCACUCCCUUCACGUUGCUCCUCCCAUCUCUCCUCCUGUCACUCCCUUCACGUUGCUCCUCCCAUCUCUCCUCCUGUCACUCCCUUCACGUUGCUCCUCCCAUCUCUCCUCCUGUCACUCCCUUCACGUUGCUCCUCCCAUCUCUCCUCCUGUCACUCCCUUCACGUUGCUCCUCCCAUCUCUCCUCCUGUCACUCCCUUCACGUUGCUCCUCCCAUCUCUCCUCCUGUCACUCCCUUCACGUUGCUCCUCCCAUCUCUCCUCCUGUCACUCCCUUCACGUUGCUCCUCCCAUCUCUCCUCCUGUCACUCCCUUCACGUUGCUCCUCCCAUCUCUCCUCCUGUCACUCCCUUCACGUUGCUCCUCCCAUCUCUCCUCCUGUCACUCCCUUCACGUUGCUCCUCCCAUCUCUCCUCCUGUCACUCCCUUCACGUUGCUCCUCCCAUCUCUCCUCCUGUCACUCCCUUCACGUUGCUCCUCCCAUCUCUCCUCCUGUCACUCCCUUCACGUUGCUCCUCCCAUCUCUCCUCCUGUCACUCCCUUCACGUUGCUCCUCCCAUCUCUCCUCCUGUCACUCCCUUCACGUUGCUCCUCCCAUCUCUCCUCCUGUCACUCCCUUCACGUUGCUCCUCCCAUCUCUCCUCCUGUCACUCCCUUCACGUUGCUCCUCCCAUCUCUCCUCCUGUCACUCCCUUCACGUUGCUCCUCCCAUCUCUCCUCCUGUCACUCCCUUCACGUUGCUCCUCCCAUCUCUCCUCCUGUCACUCCCUUCACGUUGCUCCUCCCAUCUCUCCUCCUGUCACUCCCUUCACGUUGCUCCUCCCAUCUCUCCUCCUGUCACUCCCUUCACGUUGCUCCUCCCAUCUCUCCUCCUGUCACUCCCUUCACGUUGCUCCUCCCAUCUCUCCUCCUGUCACUCCCUUCACGUUGCUCCUCCCAUCUCUCCUCCUGUCACUCCCUUCACGUUGCUCCUCCCAUCUCUCCUCCUGUCACUCCCUUCACGUUGCUCCUCCCAUCUCUCCUCCUGUCACUCCCUUCACGUUGCUCCUCCCAUCUCUCCUCCUGUCACUCCCUUCACGUUGCUCCUCCCAUCUCUCCUCCUGUCACUCCCUUCACGUUGCUCCUCCCAUCUCUCCUCCUGUCACUCCCUUCACGUUGCUCCUCCCAUCUCUCCUCCUGUCACUCCCUUCACGUUGCUCCUCCCAUCUCUCCUCCUGUCACUCCCUUCACGUUGCUCCUCCCAUCUCUCCUCCUGUCACUCCCUUCACGUUGCUCCUCCCAUCUCUCCUCCUGUCACUCCCUUCACGUUGCUCCUCCAUCUCUCCUCCUGUCACUCCCUUCACGUUGCUACUCCUCAUCUCUCCCUCCUGUCCACUCCCUUCACGUUUGCUCCUCCCAUCUCUCCUCCUGUCACUCCCUUCACGUUGCUCCUCCCAUCUCUCCUCCUGUCACUCCCUUCACGUUGCUCCUCCCCAUCUCUCCUCCCUGUCACUCCUUCACGUUGCUCCUCCCAUCUCUCCUCCUCGUCACUCCCUUCACGUUGCUCCUCCCAUCUCUCCUCCUGUCACUCCCUUUCACGUUGCUCCUCCCAUCUCUCCUCCUGUCACUCCCUUCACGUUGCUCCUCCCCAUCUCUCCUCCUGUCACUCCCUCACGUGCUCACUCCCAUCUUCUCCUGUCACUCCCUUCACGUUGCUCCUCCCAUCUCUCCUCCCUGUCACUCCUUCACGUUGCUCCUCCCAUCUCUCCUCCUGUCACUCCCCUUCACGUUGCUCCUCCCAUCUCUCCUUCCUGUCACUCCCUUCACGUUGCUCCUCCCAUCUCUCCUCCUGUCACUCCCCUUCACGUUGCUCCUCCCAUCUCUCCUCCUGUCACUCCUCACGUUGCUCCUCCCAUCUCUCCUCUGUCACUCCCUUCACGUUGCUCCUCCCAUCUCUCCUCCUGUCACUCCCUUCACGUUGCUCCCUCCCAUCUCUCCCUCCUGUCACUCCCUUCACGUUGCUCCUCCCAUCUCUCCUCCUGUCACUCCCUUCACGUUGCCCUCCCAAUCUCUCCUCCUGUCACUCCCUUCACGUGCUCCUCCCAUCUCUCCUCCUGUCACUCCCUUCACGUUGCUCCUCCCAUCUCUCCUCCUGUCACUCCCUUCCACGUUGGCCUCCUCCCAUCUCUCCCUCCUGUCACUCCCUUCACGGUUGCUCCUCCCAUCUCUCCUCCUGUCACUCCCUUCACGUUGCUCCUCCCAUCUCUCCUCCUGUCACUCCCUUCACGUUGCUCCUCCCAUCUCUCCUCCUGUCACUCCCUUCACGUUGCUCCUCCCAUCUCUCCUCCUGUCACUCCCUUCACGUUGCUCCUCCAUCUCUCCCUCCUGUCACUCCCUUCACUCUUUGCCUCCUCCCAGUCUCUCCUCCUGUCACUCCCUUCACGUUGCUCCUCCCAUCUUCCUCCUGUCACUCCCUUCACGUUUGCUCCUCCCAUCUCUCCUCCUGUCACUCCCUUCACGUUGCUCCUCCCAUCUCUCCUCCUGUCACUCCCUUCACGUUGCUCCUCCCAUCUCUCCUCCUGUCACUCCCUUUCACGUUUGCUCCUCCCAUCUCUCCUCCUGUCACUCCCUUCACGUUGCUCCUCCCAUCUCUCCUCCUGUCACUCCCUUCACGUUGCUCCUCCCAUCUCUCCUCCUGUCACUCCCUUCACGUUGCUCCUCCCAUCUCUCCUCCUGUCACUCCCUUCACGUUGCUCCUCCCAUCUCUCCUCCUGUCACUCCCUUCACGUUGCUCCUCCCAUCUCUCCUCCUGUCACUCCCUUCACGUUGCUCCUCCCAUCUCUCCUCCUGUCACUCCCUUCACGUUGCUCCUCCCAUCUCUCCUCCUGUCACUCCCUUCACGUUGCUCCUCCCAUCUCUCCUCCUGUCACUCCCUUCACGUUGCUCCUCCCAUCUCUCCUCCUGUCACUCCCUUCACGUUGCUCCUCCCAUCUCUCCUCCUGUCACUCCCUUCACGUUGCUCCUCCCAUCUCUCCUCCUGUCACUCCCUUCACGUUGCUCCUCCCAUCUCUCCUCCUGUCACUCCCUUCACGUUGCUCCUCCCAUCUCUCCUCCUGUCACUCCCUUCACGUUGCUCCUCCCAUCUCUCCUCCUGUCACUCCCUUCACGUUGCUCCUCCCAUCUCUCCUCCUGUCACUCCCUUCACGUUGCUCCUCCCAUCUCUCCUCCUGUCACUCCCUUCACGUUGCUCCUCCCAUCUCUCUCCUGUCACUCCCUUCACGUUGCUCCUCCAUCUCUCCUCCUGUCACUCCCUUCACGUUGCCUCCUCCCAUCUCUCCCUCCUGUCACUCCCCUUCCCGUUGCUCCUCCCAUCUCUCCUCCUGUCACUCCCUUCACGUUGCUCCUCCCAAUCUCUCCUCCUGUCACUCCCUUCACGUUGGCUCCUCCCAUCCUCCUCCUGCACUCCCUUCACGUUGCUCCUCCCAUCUCUCCCUCCUGUCACUCCCUUCACGUUGCUCCUCCCAUCUCUCCUCCUGUCACUCCCUUCACGUUGCUCCUCCCCAUCUCUCCUCCUGUCACUCCCUUCACGUUGCUCCUCCCAUCUCUCCUCCUGUCACUCCCUUCACGUUGCUCCUCCCAUCUCUCCUCCUGUCACUCCCCUUCACGUUGCUCCUCCCAUCUCUCCUCCUGUCCACUCCCUUUCACGUUGCUCCUCCAUCUCUCCUCCUGUCACUCCCUUUCACGUUGCUCCUCCCAUCUCUCCUCCUGUCACUCCCUUCACGUUGCUCCUCCCAUCUCUCCUCCUGUCACUCCCUUCACGUUGCUCCUCCCAUCUCUCCUCCGUCACUCCCUUACGUUGCUUCCUCCAUCUCUCCUCCUGUCACUCCCUUCACGUUGCUCCUCCCAUCUCUCCUCCUGUCACUCCCUUCACGUUGCUCCUCCCAUCUCUCCUCCUGUCACUCCCUUCACGUUGCUCCGUCCCAUCUCUCCUCCUGUCACUCCCUUCACGUUGCUCCUCCCAUCUCUCCUCCUGUCACUCCCUUCACGUUGCUCCUCCCAUCUCUCCUCCUGUCACUCCCUUCACGUUGCUCCUCCCAUCUCUCCUCCUGUCACUCCCUUCACGUUGCUCCUCCCAUCUCUCCUCCUGUCACUCCCUUCACGUUGCUCCUCCCAUCUCUCCUCCUGUCACUCCCUUCACGUUGCUCCUCCCAUCUCUCCUCCUGUCACUCCCUUCACGUUGCUCCUCCCAUCUCUCCUCCUGUCACUCCCUUCACGUUGCUCCUCCCAUCUCUCCUCCUGUCACUCCCUUCACGUUGCUCCUCCCAUCUCUCCUCCUGUCACUCCCUUCACGUUGCUCCUCCCAUCUCUCCUCCUGUCACUCCCUUCACGUUGCUCCUCCCAUCUCUCCUCCUGUCACUCCCUUCACGUUGCUCCUCCCAUCUCUCCUCCUGUCACUCCCUUCACGUUGCUCCUCCCAUCUCUCCUCCUGUCACUCCCUUCACGUUGCUCCUCCCAUCUCUCCUCCUGUCACUCCCUUCACGUUGCUCCUCCCAUCUCUCCUCCUGUCACUCCCUUCACGUUGCUCCUCCCAUCUCUCCUCCUGUCACUCCCUUCACGUUGCUCCUCCCAUCUCUCCUCCUGUCACUCCCUUCACGUUGCUCCUCCCAUCUCUCCUCCUGUCACUCCCUUCACGUUGCUCCUCCCAUCUCUCCUCCUGUCACUCCCUUCACGUUGCUCCUCCCAUCUCUCCUCCUGUCACUCCCUUCACGUUGCUCCUCCAUCUCUCCUCCUGUCACUCCCUUCACGUUGCUCCUCCAUCUCUCCUCCUGUCACUCCCUUCACGUUGCUCCUCCCAUCUCUCCUCCUGUCACUCCCUUCACGUUGCUCCUCCCAUCUCUCCUCCUGUCACUCCCUUCACGUUGCUCCUCCCAUCUCUCCUCCUGUCACUCCCUUCACGUUGCUCCUCCCAUCUCUCCUCCUGUCACUCCCUUUCACGUUGCUCCUCCCAUCUCUCCUCCUGUCACUCCCUUCACGUUGCUCCUCCCAUCUCUCCUCCUGUCACUCCCUUUCACGUUGCUCCUCCCAUCUCUCCUCCUGUCACUCCCUUCACGUUGCUCCUCCCAAUCUCUCCUCCUGUCACUCCCUUCACGUUGCUCCUCCCAUCUCUCCUCCUGUCACUCCCUUCACGUUGCUCCUCCCAUCUCUCCUCCUGUCACUCCCUUCACGUUGCUCCUCCCAUCUCUCCUCCUGUCACUCCCUUCACGUUGCUCCUCCCAUCUCUCCUCUGUCACUCCCUUCACGUGCUCCUCCCAUCUUCUCCUCCCUGUCAACUCCCUCACGUUGCUCCUCCCAUCUCUCUCUGUCACUCCCUUCACGUUGCUCCUCCCAUCUCUCCUCCUGUCACUCCCUUCACGUUGCUCCUCCCAUCUCUCCCUCCUGUCACUCCCUUCACGUUGGCUCCUCCCAUCUCUCCUCCUGUCACUCCCUUCACGUUGCUCCUCCCACUCUCCUCCUGUCACUCCCUUCACGUUGCUCCUCCAUCUCUCCUCCCUGUCACUCCCUUCACGUGCUCCUCCCAUCUCUCCUCCUGUCACUCCCUUCACGUUGCUCCUCCCAUCUCUCCUCCCUGUCACUCCCUUCACGUUGCUCCUCCAUCUCUCCUCCUGUCACUCCCUUCACGUUGCUCCUCCCAUCUCUCCUCCUGUCACUCCCUUCACGUUGCUCCUCCCAUCUCUCCUCUGUCACUCCCUUCACGUUGCUCCUACCCUCUCUCCUCCUGUCACUCCCUUCACGUUGCUCCUCCCAUCUCUCCUCCUGUCACUCCCUUCACGUUGCUCCUCCCAUCUCUCCUCCCUGUCACUCCCUUCACGUUGCUACUCCCAUCCUCUCCUCCUGGUCACUCCCUUCACGUUGCUCCUCCCAUCUCUCCUCCUGUCACUCCCUUCACGUUGCUCCUCCCAUCUCUCCUCCUGUCACUCCCUUCACGUUGCUCCUCCCAUCUCUCCUCCUGUCACUCCCCUUCACGUUGCUCCUCCCAUCUCUCCUCCUGUCACUCCACUUCACGUUGCUCCUCCCAUCUCUCCUCCUGUCACUCCCUUCACGUUGCUCCUCCCAUCUCUCCUCCUGUCACUCCCUUCACGUUGCUCCUCCCAUCUCUCCUCCUGUCACUCCCUUCACGUUGCUCCUCCCAUCUCUCCUCCUGUCACUCCCUUCACGUUGCUCCUCCCAUCUCUCCUCCUGUCACUCCCUUCACGUUGCUCCUCCCCUCCAUCUCUCCUCCUGUCACUCCUUCACGUUGCUCCUCCCAUCUCUCCUCUGUCACUCCCUUCACGUUGCUCCUCCCAUCUCUCCUCUGUCACUCCCUUCACGUUGCUCCUCCCAUCUCUCCUCUGUCCACUCCCUUCACGUUGCUCCUCCCAUCUCUUCCUCCUGUCACUCCUUCACGUUGCUCCUCCAUCUCUCCUCCUGUCACUCCCUUCACGUUGCUCCUCCCAUCUCUCCUCCUGUCACUCCCUUCACGUUGCUCCUCCCAUCUCUCCUCCUGUCACUCCCUUCACGUUGCUCCUCCCAUCUCUCCUCCUGUCACUCCCUUCACGUUGCUCCUCCCCAUCUCUCCUCCUGUCACUCCCUUCACGUUGCUCCUCCCAUCUCUCCUCCUGUCACUCCCUUCGCGUUGCUCCUCCCAUCUCUCCUCCUGUCCCCCCUCCUGUCCCUCCCCCCCUCCCUCGUCCCUUCUCUCCUCUCGUCCCUCGUACCCUCCCUCCUCCCAUCCCUCCUCGCCUCCCUCCUCCUGUCCCGCCUCCCAUCCCUCCUCGCCUCCCUCCUCCCGUCCCGCCUCCCAUCCCUCCUCGCCUCCCUCCUCCUGUCCCGCCUCCCAUCCCUCCUCGUCUCCCUCCUCCCGUCCCGCCUCCCGUCCCUCCUCGCCUCCCUCCUCACCUGCCUACCAUACCAUCAUCCUCCCAUUUCUGUCCGCCUAUAUCCCCCUCAUCACAUCACUCUGCAUCGUCAUAGUCGCAAGAACCACCACACUGCCGUCCGCUUGUCAACCCAAUGCUGCUCAACGCUCCGCUUUCCACCAUCUCUCUCCGCCCAACGCACCAUCUCAACGCCUUUCCGUACCUCCCAGCCACCUCCCACCACCUCUGUCCAACUUACCCACCUCCCUCACCUCGUCCCACCUCUCCCCACCUCUCCCCACCUCUCCCCAUUUCUCUACCUCUGCCCGCCUGUCCCUCCAGGCACUAUGCGCUUAG